AUGGCUUGCAAAGAAGGAAUCCACGCUGAGUCGGAAGCAGUCGAGACGGUCGAGGAGGACCUAGAAGAUGGCGAAUGUUCUACUUGUAGCCACCAAGCCGAAGAAUUCAUGGCAGCAUGGACACAAACAGCAAGUCAAUGGGCAUCAAGUACCUGCUCUCAUAAUCACAGCGAAUGUUUGUUGAAAGCAUUUGGGAACAUUGACAUGGAAACCGCCAACUUCUUGGUAGAGUCUCUGGAGGGAGCCAUCGAAUAUGAAGACGCCUGGGAACCUUUGUUGGACCCUUUCAUAGAAGACACCCAAGCUGUCCUUCGAAUUCUCGCUUCUGAUCCCCUCAUUGCACUACAGAGAGCAAAGACUCUUCUCGACAAUCCAUCCUCCUUACAUAGUUCCUCAGAGUCAUCGUUAGGACCAGCUAUAGCUGACUCGAUGCGGUCUCUUCCACGACCAUCUGAAGAAAUACCAACAUUUGAACGCUUUCGAAAUCCACAGCGGACCGUCAUGGAUGGAGCUCAUAACAGGGCAGUAUCUUUGCGACAGCUGCGUCUAUUGGUAUCCUAUCUUAGGGAACACGCGGACGCCAAUGGAUUCUUGCCAUGGACUGACUGGAACCCUGCAAGCCAGCUGACGUAUGGAAGGAAGCUUCACAUGCAAAAUGUAAAUAUGUAUCACUUGGUGGAAUUUGUGAUCAAACCUGUCACCAAAGACUGUAAAUGCAGCUUGGUGGAGAUUCUGUCUGAUCAACAGCAACAGCCUCCAAAGUGGUUUGUGUCCCAUGUAUGGAGUGAGCCACUAGUGAACUUUCUCUUGUCUAUUGAAGAGCAUGCUCGGGUCCGUGGUAUAUCUGAGGAUGAGUUCUAUUGGGUUUGUUCAGUUGCCAACAAUCAACACAGUAUUGAUGAUGACAUCAACAUUGAUCCUGAUCCUAGGAAGACAUCGUUUUACAGGGCUAUGCAAAAAUGCGAAGGAGUUCUGUUAUGCCUCGACAAGGAUGCUAAUCCCUUCAACCGAAUUUGGUGCUGCUUUGAAGAAGCUAUGAUAGUCAACGGAGACAAGACGCUCAAACUUGAUAUUUCAACUGUGAAGGACGGAAAAGGGAUCGUGCUCACGGAUGGGCUCGUGGAGUCUGAUUUCGCAGUUGGGCCAAAGUAUGCACACGAGUUAAAACGCGAAAGGGAGAAUUUCUUUCCUCUUAUGCUCUUGGAGAGGGGCUACCUCAUUGAUGUCCGAGAAGCAAAGGCGUCACAUCAAGCUGACAUACGCCGCAUUCUCAACGCCAUUAUUGGAGUGCCAGCCAGCGAGUUGGACCUGCGGGAACCCAACAAGAACCACCCAGCUUUCGAAAGUACCAACCAUGCAUUACGAGGAAUCUUUGCCGAAUGCGCAGCACGCAAAGCUGCAGAAGCCGGUCGUAUGGAACGAGUACUGACAGUUUUGAGAAAAGAUGAGAAUCGAACGACGCUGACGCUCAAUUUAGGUGGUUGCCAUGACCUGGACUUCACUCCGUUUAGUUGUCUUGCCGGCCAUCCUAAUUUGCAGCGAAUCAUCCUUGACUGUGCCUACUGCUCAAUCCCGAACAUGGAAUGGAUUGGCAGUACCCUUCCACACUGGCCUCAGCUGAACGAGCUCGACUUCAACUUCAGUUGCUGCAGCGUGCUUGAUGUUUCCUCGUUUGGUGGUUUGGCCAGUGCUUCUUGCUUGACGAGGCUCACAAUAGACAAUAGUUACAGCGGUCUUGCCGAUGUUUCUGGCAUUGGGGUCGCAUUGAAAAGCUUGACAACCCUCGAAGAACUCCGACUGGAUUUUAGAUGGUGCUCGAAACUUCACGACGUUGCGGUGCUUUCAGAAGGACUGGCGUCCCUUGAGGCCCUGACCGAACUGGACUUGAAUUUUCGAAGUUGCGACGUCGUGGUGGCCUUGCCUGGACUUGAAGCUUUGAACAAUCUACGGAGCCUUUCGAUUGAUUAUUCACGUUCACAGACGGGAACGAAAGAGUUGGGAUACCUGAUGAAACUGAAGAACUUGAAUCAUUUGAAGCUUUGCUUCGAGGGAUGUAAGCAGCUUUGUCACUUGUCACCGCUUAGCGUUAUUGGAGGAUACCCUUACUUGGAGAGAUUAAGCCUCGAUCUUGCCUCUACGAAAAUUGGGGGUGCUGGAGCCCUAGAGAAUCUCGAUUUGGCCCCACGGCUUCAAGAAGUAAGGCUCAGAUUCGCGAAGUGCCAACGGCUCAAAAGUAUCAAGUGGCUGCCAAAGGCUAUCAGGCGGACACAAUUUUUCCAGGUUGACCUGUACGAAUGCGGAGGCCUCCCGCCUCCGUGCAGAGGAGCGUUCGUCGACAGGGACGACUUGAUUGCUGCGUUGGGAGAAAGCGCAAGUUCUUCGGAUGAAGGUGCGGGUGGGGGGAAGAUAGUAGUGCAGACGCCGUUUGCUGGGGAAAUCAAACACGUCAACCAAGCUGGCCGGAACGUGGAAGUGGAAGUACAUCGCAUGAACAGCGCCAAUCGCACAUCAUCGAGUACAAGUAACUCAAAGUCAAAACAGAGAGAGAGGAGACGAAACAACGCGAGGUUUGACCAACGGGAUCUCUAG